AUGGAACCAUUCAGGGUUAGGACUGGAGAUGAAAGGGAGAGACGCCAACGUCACCGUUCGCAUUCUUCGUCAUACGAUUCGGAGGAGGAACGUCGGCAGCGAAGACGCAGAAAGGAACGCGAAAUUGCAGCGCGGGACAGUGAGCGCGGGGAUCGAAGCAGACGCGACGACAAGCACAGAGACCGUGACAGCAGAAGGGAUAGAGAUGUGGAUAAAGAUAGGAAACGUCGGAGUUCUAGGAGUCCAGAUUCUUCGCGACGGAGGACGGAUGAUAGAGAGUCCAAGCAUCGGCGCACACGAGAACGUUCACCUUCGCACAGAGAUAGCAGGGAAAAGGAUAGUAGGGGAUCAAGGGAAGGCUCUGCGACACAGUUGAGCAGGAAGAAUAAGGGUCCUUUGCCAUCACAAGCUUCCUCCUUCAAACAAAACCUCGACCCCUCCACCGCUCUCGCACCCGCCGGUGAUGGUGACGCACCAGAAAAACAAAAGCCAAACUUCGCUCCUACUGGGCUUUUGGCAGCAGCAUCAAACUCAAUCACGCAAGCCGAUGGCACGUCAGUUGUUCUCAAGUACCACGAGCCAGCCGAGGCGCGCAAGCCAUCCGCGAAGGACGAAUGGAAAUUAUUUGUGUUCAAGGGCGCAGAUAUCUUGGAGACAAUUGAUCUGAGCAGGAGGAGUUGCUGGCUAGUCGGUCGAGAGAUGAUGGUGGUGGAUAUGGCAGCAGAACACCCAAGUAUCAGCAAGCAGCAUGCCGUCAUACAGUUCCGCUAUAUUGAAAAGACGAAUGAGUAUGGGGAUAGAUUGGGCAAGGUCAAACCGUAUCUUAUUGAUCUGGAAUCCGCCAAUGGAACCUCGUUGAAUAAGGAGGAAAUCCCUCCCAGUCGAUAUCUAGAACUGAGGGACAAGGACAUGAUUCAGUUUGGCCACAGCACUAGGGAGUACGUCUUGAUGUUAUCUCCCAAGAUCUAA